AUAUCCAAGCUCGGUGAACAGGCGAAAUGGAAGGUUAUACUGACUAAGGCCUGUGGUAAUAUUAAUUGGGCACGAAGAACCACAUGCAACGUGUGCAAUACCCCUCGAGUGAACACAAUGGGUGAACGCACAGGCUAUGGUGGGGGCUAUAUGGAGCGCGAUAAAGUAGUUGAGUAUAGAAAACGAGGUGAUUCAGACGACGAAUUCGACGAGUUUGGUCGCAAAAAGAAGAGAUUCCGUAAAACGAGUGAUGAUCGAAAGAUUGAGGUCCCAACAGUCGCAUCUACUUCCACAUUAUUAACAACAGGAUCUAGUUCGUUUCGAUCCGAAGAGGACAAGGUUAUAACGCGGCCGAAUCUGUCUAAGUAUGAUAUUUGGGCUGUCAUCGUUUUCAAGAGUCAAGCAGUCGAUGAUAGCCUUCUUUUAGAAGUUUUUCUCUAUCUGAAUAUAAUGUGUUGA